UGUGUGUGGUGUGUGUGGAGUGGGUGGGGGGGGAAUACAUUUCCCACAAUGCAGCCUAAACACAGUCAUCGGUGGGCGAUAAUGUCAUGAGCGCGUACAGGUGACUGGAGCACAAGUUACAGUGUAACAGCAUCAGGGAGCGCUGCAAGAAAACAAAUAGCGACCGCGGCGCUACAGACAUGUCGCGUCGGUAAGCCGGUUCCAGCUGUCAAGGAGCCACAAAAAGACGCUUGUCCGCCGUUCCUACGGGAGAUCCUACAGCCGGGGAGAAGCGUCAGAGCGAGCGGCGGCACCGCGGAGCCGAGCAGGACCGAGCCGAACCGGAGCUCUCCUUCGUACUUUCUGACCUUCAGCGGUGACCACACCUUUUGGGCUGGACUGCUCCUCCCUGGCGGCCCGCCCCCCGCGCCCCCCCGCAAUGGCGUCACGGAUAGGUCUGCGCCUGCAGCUCAUGCGUGACCAGCUGCAGCAGGAGGAGCGGCGGGAGCGGCAGCAGCAGCAGCAGCAGCAGCAUCAGGCUCUACACUGCAUGCAGAGCCGGCCGCCCCUGCCGACCACGCCCGCCAUCAAUGCGCCCGCCCACUACCAGCCGCCUAUGCAGGUGCCCAUGGAGGUGCUCAUGGUCCAGACGAAUCUGGAGAACCCCACCGACUACCACAUUCGCCAGUCCCAGCGGCAGCAGGUGAAAGAGUAUCUGUCAACCACCUUAGCCACCAAGCAGGUGGUGCAGGCUGUGGCGGGGGUGCAGCCCUCGCCUCCGGCCCCGCCCCCUAGCCGGCAGGCCGUCCCACCUCCCUUGCCGUCUCCCCGCCUGCGCACUGAGCAGCUCAUCAGCUCGGCGGGUAACAGCAUGCCCAACAGCCCCAUGGCCAUGCUGAACAUUGGCUCCAGCCACGAGAACGAGAUGGAUGACGUGAUCGAUGACAUCAUUAGCCUGCAGUCAAGUUAUGAUGACAUGCAAGCAUAUGCUGACCCCGUGGUCCAGAUGUCCAACACGCUGCCUCUGUCCAGCAGCCACCUGGACGUGUACACGGGCCCAGGCAUGACUGGGCCGGCCAUCACCAUGACCAGCAACUCCUGCCCCGCCAACCUGGCUAUCAAGAGAGAGAUGUUUGAUGACGAAGCUCGUGCUAUGGCCAAGGAGAGACAGAAGAAGGACAACCACAACCUGAUCGAAAGAAGACGAAGGUUCAACAUCAAUGACCGCAUCAAAGAGCUGGGAACCAUGAUCCCCAAGACAAAUGACUUGGAUGUGCGCUGGAACAAGGGCACCAUCCUGAGAGCGUCGGUGGAGUACAUCAAGCGCAUGCAGAAGGAUAUCCAGAGAAGCCGCGAGGUGGAGACCAACUUCAAGCGCAUGGAGGUAGCCAACAAGCAGCUGUGGCUGCGCAUUCAGGAGCUGGAGAUGCAGGCCCGGCUCCAUGGGAUUCCCAGCAACUCGCCUUCAGGCAUGGGUGGGGCCGAGCUCCUGGGCUCCUACGUCAAGCAGGAGGGCAGCCCGGAGGAGGCGCUCCACCAGCACCCGCCGCCCCCAGCGCCCCACCAGCUGCCCCCGCUGCCUGGCCACGGCCUGGUCCAGCCGCCCUCGCUGCAGUAUCCACCCAUGGGUGGUCCCCAGCACUUCGACUUCGCCCCUUCGCUGGACGCAUGCGACGGUGGCCUCAACUACCCUCCGCCAUGCAGCGGCAGCAAGAAGGGCCAGCUGGGCUUCCUGCUGAUGGACGAGCUGUCACCCCUGGGCGUGGGGGACCCGCUGCUGUCCACCCUCUCCCCCGAGACUUCGGUGGACAGCAGUCGGCGGAGCAGCUUCAGCAUGGAGGACUCGGACAUCCUGUGACACACACACACACACACACACUCUAACACACGCACACAAGAACACUAUAUGCACUCACACGGAAUCUGGUACCGCACACCCACACCCACAUGUCAUCGACACGCUGUAACCUCUCUCGUAUGUGCAUUGGCAUACAGUAAAAAAAAACACACAAUAAACACAUCUAGAAAGAUUUAAAUACAGUCAUCCGUCAACUUACAUCCUACCGAGUAACAUCUGAUCAUACUUAUCUCCCAUAAGACGUCCAAAGCAUAUGUCUGCCUUAGUAGACAUACUUUACCACGUGUGCGGCAUGCGGCAAGAACCAAAACAAUCCAAUUGCACUGCCACUAUAAAGGUUUAGUUAGAUGGUGUGAUAUUGUGUAUUAUGUCAUACAGUAAGAUGGAUACCUGUAUAACAUAAGACCCAGUGCCCCACCCCCAGUCCCAAGAAUAGUGACAUGUUCCACACACAUAUGCAGACAGACAACAAAUACUGUCCCUGUCUGUCUCUGUCUCUCUUACGCUCUCUCUCCGUCUUCUCGACAUGCAGCCGCACACACAAACACACGUAAACACACCAGCUCAGAGCCUUUCAUACCCAUGCUCACCCUCGUCUUCACUCCAAGUCCUCCAGCCCCUGUCGACACCUUCCAGCUCCCACAGAGCGCGCCAGAAGGCCGCAGGAACUGCAGUCUGCCUAAAAUCCCCCAAUGCCUAUAGCGUGGAUUUCAAACAGAUGAGCCUUGCAGAGGUCAAGGUCCAGGAUGUAGAGGUCAAACGAGAACAACAGAGACGAUCAUGGCAGCUUUUCUUCAUGGUUACGUAUGUAGAGCAGGGAGGCCCUGAGACGUCAUACCACUUACCGCCACGGACUGUGGCGGGCCAAGAACCACUUUAUGUCAUUCAUUUGGUUAGCACUCCGCGUUUCACUGAAAGUCUGUUAGAAAACACUCAGGUCGGAACCCCCAGGAAUGGAGUGCCCUCCAAACAAAAAACACAACAAAAAAAAAAAAACAAAUUGCUGGGCAGGUUGUAAGCCACUGCUCAAAUGAACUACGAUGAGUGUGGAGAACAGAGAGAGGAUGGUGUGUCCGUUAGCAUGGGCUGUUAGCAUUGGCCGUUAGCGUUGGUCGUUAGCACGGGCCUUUAGCAUGGGCCGUUAGCAUGGAUCGUUAACAUAGGCAGUUAGCACAGGCCGUUAGCAUGGGCCAUUACUGUGGGCCAUUAGCAUGGGCUGUUAGCAUGUCCCAGAGAUAAGGGUCACGCACGUGGGUGGUUUAGCACGCACAUUGGGCUGACUGGCAGCUUGUGCCGAUCACUGACUACAACACCGGAUCGCCGUUGUGUAGCAUUCUUGCUGUGUACCCAUGGGUCUUUUUCUGGUUGGAUUGUUUGGUCCAGUGGGCACACUGUAAACACAUCGUCGAGGAAUUGUAAAAAGAAAAAACAUAAUUGAAUAAUAAUUAAAUGUGUUUGUUCUGCUUUGAAAUAGAUUGUCAUUUUAUUUUUCUCCCAAAGCACUGGAAAACUAUAUUAUAUUAUUGACUUUAUACAAGAAGGAUUUUAUGAAGUGACAGUUUUAUUGAAAUGUUUUACACUGUCAAACCACUUAUGUGUAUUUUGUUUCUAUUUGUGGUUUUUAUUUUAUUCUAAAGUGACCUUUUUUAUCUGACUAUAGAACCAUUUAAAUAUGAAGAUAUUUAAUGCGUUAGACUAUAGUAUAUGGAAUGUGGAGAGCCAUAUUACAUGUAAAAUAUAAAUUUCUGUUUCCAAAGGAAUGUUUAAUCUUAUUUGGCAAAAUUCAAAAAUUGUAAGAUGUCAUUUUUAUAUUGAUUUGUUUUCUAAGUCACAUAGUUAUUUAAUGAAGAGAAAGGGGUUUUCGUGGUGAUUUUAUUGAUUUAUGUUACCUGUGUUUCGCGAAUGUGAAUUUUAUCUACUGUACAGUGAGGUCAUUCUUCUUCAUGGUGCCAGUAUGUGCUCAGUGCCUUCUUAUUAAAAAAUGAAUGCUUUUCUUUCAUAAGCCACCAGCUGUAUAGAUGAAAAUUUGUUAAUGUACCACUCUGUUUUUUAUGCAUGGGCCAUUUCAUCGAUCUGUGUUUUUUCCGUUUCUUUUCAAAAAUGAACAGGAAAGUGUACAGCCCCGCACUCCCAAAUUCCCCAUGUUCCAGAUGCAAAUCUUUGACUUGGUUUUUAAAAAGGAGAGAGGCUACGUCAUUAGCCGGACGCGUCUGUUGGUUUUGCGCUGCUUGCGCGACGGACGUCCCAGGAAUGAGAAGGUUUGCGUAAUGAAUGCUGUCCAUCCUAAUCCUAAUGUCGCUCCUGUCCAUUUUCCGGCGCUGUUAUUUUCCCGGGAAGUUGAGAACCUGUGAUUGAGGUUUGUUUGGAUAUAAAAAUUCUCCGAAAAAUUGCA